UUCCAAGCCAGUUUUUCUUUCCUAUUUCAUUGACCAUCUUUUCAACACUCAAAUCACGAUGGGAAAAUUCGACAAAUUCACAAUCAUCAGCGCUGACUACAAAAAGGUUGCAGGCCAAGGCAUUGUAGUGGACUUGUUGAUACCAUCAAAAUUGACCGCUGGCUUACGUCCUGUUAUUCUACGUUUCCAUGGAGGCGGUUAUGUCAGUGGGUCAAGUCUCUUUGAACCGUGGUUCCCGCAAUGGCUCCUUGAGUUAGCUAUUGCGAAAAAUGCAAUCAUCGUAUCCCCAAACUAUCGCCUCUUGCCAGAGUCCAGCGGGCUAGAUAUCCUGGAAGAUUUAGACGACUUGUGGCGUUGGAUGAAAUUUGGGAUUCAGCUGAAACUGAAUGAUUUCUCCGUUGGUCUAAGGGCGGACUUGGAUCGAAUAAUCACAGAGGGAGAUAGUGCAGGAGGCUACCUUAGCAUUCAAUUUGCAAUGAGCCACCCGGACGAAAUCAAAGCUUGUAUAGCAGAAUUUCCCUCCCUCGAUCUAGAAUCACCUCAUUUUGCCGGUGUUGGCAAUGAUAUCCCACUGGGAUCACCAAGCUUAGUCGAUCAACAUCUCGCGUCGGUUGGAAAUGUCAACAAAGCUAGUUCGGACAUGACUCUUGCGCGGUCUCCUCUCAUCAACGCGCUGAUUCAAGAAGGAAGAUUUCUGCAUUUCUUUGGAAAUGGGCCUCGCUUGUUUCCCCUCCGAAGACUAGAAUCCGGGGCCAAACUCCCCCCGCUGUUUAUUAUCCACGGCGCUGGUGAUACCAUUGUGCCUGUGGAAGGUAGUCAGAAGUUUGCAAAGUUAUUGCUUGAGAAGGACCCUGACGCGAAAGUUGUACUCACUGUUCAACCGGGAGAGCAUGGUGUUAGUAUUCCGUUUGGAAUGAAACAUCCGUGGUUGGCUGAGGGUCUCAAAUUGGUCACAGAUGCUUGGGAAACUCAGAAGGGGUAAUGCAACUCUUAUUCAUGUCCUGUUCUG